AUGAUAGCUGAAAUUAGAGGAGCUCGCCAGCCCGCGCCUGCUCUAAACCGCACCACGGGAGAAAUCUUCAGGCCUAUCCUUCCCAACCCACUCACUUUGCUGGAAGCGGCUUCAUCGGAAGAACGCCACGACCUCCUGGCCCUUGGCGUUGUGGCGGUCGGGGCUCCCCACAGCCCCUCAGAGCUCCGCAAGUUACCAGCAGCAGUAGCAGCAACAGCCCUGCCAGGCCCCGCCCGAGUCCGUACCUUCCCACACGUCGUCGGCAACUUCCCAACCGUCGUACUGCUGCCAGUACCGGGCAUGGACGAGGCCCUGGACGCUGUGUACCGCAGAGUACGGCGACUGUUGCCUGAUCUGGAGCCCAUGACUCAGGACUUGCCUCCAGAGGCUGCAGCAAAUGCCGCGCCACCUCGUAGCGGUGGUGGUGGUGGUGGUGGUGGUGGUCGGCGAGACGUAGCCCUCGGAGAGCAGCAGGGGCUGUACGGGGGGUUGCAGGGAACCCCCGUACAGCCGCACCGGGGGUACCACAUCAGCCUCAGUCGUACGGUCCCCAUACGGCACGCACAGAUCGCCCCUUUGACGGCGCUGCUGGCCGAGGGGCUGAGCGCUGUGACCCGUUGCUUCCAGGUAUCACUGGCGGGGCUGCGGCCCUUCGCCAACGAUGAGGGCACAAGGUCCUUCGUGUCGGUGAUGGUGACCCACGGGUCGGAGCAGGUCCCCAUGCCACACGUAUCAGUGGGCUGGCUACCUGGGAAUCAGCAAGACCGCAUCGCCAAGGCGCUGGCCAGGAUGAGACCCACGGGUCACAACAACACAGGUCGGCCGGUUUCGGAGCCGCAAGAGAUGGCAGAGACGGGAGGGCCGGCAGUAGCGGUUGCAGGGGAGCUCGUUUGCAGCUGGCAGAUGCGGCUGGGAACCGGCCGCCAAUCUAGCGUUCGCUCGGAGCUGCAGUCUCUGCGCACUCAACUCGCGGCACUCCAAGAGCAACUGGAUCUGAGUCAGCGCUGCAACGAACGACAGGAGAGGUUGCUCAGUGAGCUCCAGGGAACGCUUGCUGAGGAACGGCGGGUCCACGGUGUCGCCCGUGAGGUGGCGAAGGACUACCUAGUGGAGCUGGCGACGACACGGCGGCAGCUGGCGGAGGCGGCGGUGCUGGCGGAGGUGGGCCUGGCGGCGGCGGAGGCAGCGUUGGCGGCGCAGCCAACCUCGCGCUUUCGUGAGCCGGCGGUUGAGUGCGACGAUGAGGACGCUGUGACUGAGGAGGGAGCGGCGACGGAGGUGGAGGUAAGGGAGGCGGUGGUGGAGCGCCUGGAACGCAGCGCCCUCGUCUCCGGAGCUCUUCGAGUCCUACACGCGUUGGACGCGGCGGAGGCGCCCGCGACCUACACCCCGAUAUCGCUACAGCUGCAUCCGCCCAGACAUCCGCCCCAGCAGUCUAAACAGCAUCGGCGGCAAAAACACCGCUCAAAGCACCAGCACCAGCAUCACAACCAUAACCCAUGCGCCCCCGCAGUCCCCGAGGCGCCCCGCACUCUGGCGGACUGCGGUACAGGCGAAUUGCUGAGUACGGCAUCGGCCCCGGUCCCCGCGGAGGACUUGCUUCGCGCGGUGAAGGCGGCGCCGCAGCUGGCUGCAGCGGCGGUGCUGCCGCUACAGCCGCAGCUGGCUGCAGCGGCGGUGCUGCCGCUACAGCCGCAGCUGGCUGCAGCGGCGGUGCUGCCGCUACAGCCGCAGCUGGCUGCAGCGGCGGUGCUGCCGCUACAGCCGCAGCUGGCUGCAGCGGCGGUACUGCCGCUACAGCCGCAGCUGGCUGCAGCGGCGGUGCUGCCGCUACAGCCGCAGCUGGCUGCAGCGGCGAUGCUGCCGCUACAGCCGCAGCCGCUGCUGGCUGUGGUAGCUGGGCAGGUAAUCUGCUCCUUACUCCCUCCUGCCUGUCCUCCCAUUCGGAUCCCGGCUGGAAGGAAUGAGAAGGGUGGAAACAACGUUGAUGAGGGCGAGGAUGAGGACGGCACGAGGGGCGCUGUGGCUGUGGAGGGCCCCGGGGGGGCGCCGGACGACCCAAACCAUGAUCCCGAAGACGAUCCAGCGCCACCAGCGCCACCAGCACCACUGGCAGUAGCAGGCCUCGUAGUGGCUGUAGCACCUGUACUACCCGUACCUGCGCCAGCAAAGGCAGCGGCUGCGGCGGCUGCAGCGGCUGCAAACGUAGCGGGCACCAAGUUGGCGUCUCCCGCGUUGCGAACACGCGCCUGUCUGUCCUCCCAUCUGAGCUCCUCGUGGGACCUGGCGGCGGAGGGGAUAACCUGGCGGGCUGUCGCGGCACGGCUGUUCCCCACGGGUUGCUCGAGUGCGGAUCCGCGACUUGCCCGCGCGGGAUCGACCCUGCCGCGGCAGCCCCUCCUGCUUGGGGCCCAGCCGGCGGCGACGGCGGUGGUGCCGCCGCUACAGCCGCUGCCGCCGCUGGCUGCUGCGGCGGUGCUGCCGCUACAGCCGCAGCUGGCUGCAGCGGCGGUGCUGCCGCUACAGCCGCAGCUGGCUGCAGCGGCGGUGCUGCCGCUACAGCCGCAGCUGGCUGCAGCGGCGGUGCUGCCGCUACAGCCGCAGCUGGCUGCAGCGGCGGUGCUGCCGCUACAGCCGCAGCUGGCUGCAGCGGCGGUACUGCCGCUACAGCCGCAGCUGGCUGCAGCGGCGGUGCUGCCGCUACAGCCGCAGCUGGCUGCAGCGGCGAUGCUGCCGCUACAGCCGCAGCCGCUGCUGGCUGUGGUAGCUGGGCAGGUAAUCUGCUCCUUACUCCCUCCUGCCUGUCCUCCCAUUCGGAUCCCGGCUGGAAGGAAUGAGAAGGGUGGAAACAACGUUGAUGAGGGCGAGGACGAGGACGGCGCGAGGGGGGCUGUGGCUGUGGAGGACCCCGGGGGGCCGCCGGUAGCCGUGGCCGGUCGCGCAGCCUCCCUCUGCGCUCCCCACCCACCUCCGAAGGACGACCCAAACCAUGAUCCCGAAGACGAUCCAGCGCCACCAGCGCCACCAGCACCACUGGCAGUAGCAGGCCUCGUAGUGGCUGUAGCACCUGUACUACCCGUACCUGCGCCAGCAAAGGCAGCGGCGGCGGCGGCUGCGGCGGCUGCAAACGUAGCGGGCACCAAGUUGGCGUCUCCCGCGUUGCGAACACGCGCCUGUCUGUCCUCCCAUCUGAGCUCCUCGUGGGACCUGGCGGCGGAGGGGAUAACCUGGUAA